GUAGUAAAAAAAGCCGUGUUUGGAUUCUUCCUCCGCCAGUCCCUUUCUGAACGGUGAUCGGUUUAGCUUCUCUCUCGACUAGAGGAUUUGCCCGAGGGAAGCAUCACCACAUCCAAAGCAUUGCGUUGGUAUCGUACAUUGAUCCUCACCAUCCCAGUCCAAAUCCAUCGACACUUUUCCCUCUCCCUCUCCCUCUCCCUCUCAUCCAUUCCUCCUGCCAAUCUUUCUUCUUUUUGAGAAGAAAAAACGAUGGCUGCUUCUUGCUUCACUCGCUCUUCUCUCCCACCUUACAUCCCUUCAUCCCUCAAGAGAGCCGUACCAUUGCUGGCAACCCUCCCGUCUUCGCCUCUGCAGUUUCGAUUCCCAAAUGUACUCGUCAGCGCUACAAACCGUCGCCCGACCUUUCUGAGAAUUAGGUCGAUGUCCACGGAUGGGAGUCCGGAAGCAGUUGAAGUCCCUCGAUCUGUGCCCGUCAAUGUCGCCCAUGAGCUCCUUCAAGCUGGACAUCGGUACCUGGAUGUCAGGACGCCUGAGGAGUUCCAAGCUGGGCGUCCAGUGGGAGCUACUAACAUCCCUUACAUGUUCAAGUCUGGACUAGGGAUGACCAAGAACCCUAACUUCUUAAAGGAUGUAUCCUCAGUAUUUGAGAAGGAUGAUGCAUUAAUUGUUGGUUGUUUAAGCGGGAAACGGUCAUUGAUGGCUGCAACCGAACUUUCAUCAGCGGGUUUUAGUGGGAUCACAGACAUUGCUGGUGGUUAUUCAGCUUGGGUACAGAAUGGACUUCCAACAGAGCAAUAACAUUGUAUUCUAGCAGGCCUAUGCAUCUGUAAACUUUUUGUACUCUAAUUUUGAUGAAUUAGUUAGUUUUCGAUGCAUGUUACUAGAGACAGGCAGAAUGACAUUGCUGGGGAAAGAAAAAGAAAGGUGUUGAGAAUCAACUGUACACAAAUAGAUACAUGUGCAGAUGAUAAAAGUCAUCCGUACAAAAAUGCAAAACAUGAUGAAUAUUGAAAGUAUCAUCGGCCAGGUAGGUAAAAAUAGUGAUGCCUUAUGUUAUUUGUAUCCUGCCAGUAAUUGGGUUAUUCAAGUUUCUUGCUUGACGUAAAGAGUUCUUUUUAAGUACAAUAAAGUUGUAGGGUGAUUCGAAUGGAUCAUCAAAUUUGAUGUGAAUCAUUUUGACUAUUACGGA